AUGGCAUCCAGCCAACACGUCCUCCUCUCCCCCGCCGAGCUUGCCUACCUGCACGCCUCGCUCUCGCUGGCCCCGCCUAUCCGUCCGGACGGCCGCUCCCCGACUCAGUUUCGCCCGCUCGUUGCCGAGACGGGCAUCUUACCCGGCACCAAUGGCAGCGCAAGGAUAUGCUUCGCCGACGGCACCGAGGCGAUUGUUGGUGUCAAGGCCGAGGUCGAGAGGACUGCACAACGACCUGGGGAGGAUACUGUCUUUUUUGAGGAGGGCGGUGCGGGGAGCGAUGAUGUUGACGAGGAAGGAGAAACGAGAGAGGGCGUGGAUAAGAGGAAGGGAGACGCCUCAUGGGUGGAGAUGACGGUUGAGAUCCCCGGGCUGAGGGAUGACGAUUCGGGGACCGCCUUCCUGUCAGCCAUGCUGAGCGAGGCGCUGCUUGCCGACGGGGAGUUUGCGAAGCGGCUGUGGAUAAACCGACGUUUUCACUGGAAGCUAUAUCUCGAUGUACGUCCUGCCCUGUCCUGUCUUGCACCGCCCACCCUUCCCUACCUUACCCUACCCCCAACGGACUCCUAA